AUCGUGAGCAAUUUGGGCGAAAGCUUUCCACAAAAACGAAUUGGUGUGAAUGCACAGAACAGAAAAGUACUUAAUAACAUAUUAGAAGAAAGAUGUAAACAUCAGUUGGUUGAAAAUUUGGUUUUAUUUAUAUAAAAAUUGCAAUAUAAGCUGUUUAUCAGUUUGGUUAUGGAUUCUGAUGUAAUUUCCAUAAUAUAAAUAAGUUCUCCUCAUAGCCAACAUAUCGUUUCGGAUUUAUGAGGAACAGUUGUCAGUUUAUCGAUUUUGACCAUGUUCAGUGCUAGUAUGCCUGCUACAGAAAAUAACGCAAAUAAUACUGCAUUACUACAAAAGCAAAUGUCGUUUGUUGGCAGUCAUACACCGAAAAAUGAUGACACUGAUGCUCUCGAUGGCAUUAACAUUUGUAGUACCACCAAAUACAAGAACGCUACUCUGGAAUGGAUUUGUUGCGCACCUUGUAUUUGGUUGCGCACUUCUACAACCGUUCAUAAAAUUGCUAUAACGGCUGCUACAAUUUUGGUAACGUCUUUAUUAGUUGCAUCACCUAUACUAUUUUUAAUAAGUACAGCUCCUUCGCGCCUACCAAAAGAAUGCUUUUCCAGCGCAGAUGAUUGUGUUUCAACGUCUCCACCUCCUCCAUUGGAAUGCUCAGAAGAACUAUGUCACGCUGUUGCUGCCAGUAUACAAGGAAACAUUAAUUGGAAUAUGGACCCCUGCACAGAGUUUAAAAAUUUUAGCUGCUCAGAAAAUUUUCGUACUGCAAAGGCAUUUCGAAGCAUUCAGGGAGCAGUUGACACUCAGAUGCAAUAUCUUCUCCAGCAUAAUACCACAAAAGGUCCGUUCCGAAAACUUGGACGGCUCUUUAGCAGCUGUCUACGACAGACUACGAAUUCUUCGACUAUUAAAUUUGUUCUAGAGCAGCUUGGUGGUUACCUUCCAAUUGGAACGGUUGGACCCACUUCAAUUUCUUCUUUGAUUAAAAAAAUUUUUAAAUUGGGCCCAACGCCUCUUAUUGAUGUGUAUUACGAUUUAAGCUACGGCCGUCGGCCCCAAGUUUUGUUAAUAAUAAGUGGACCUGGAACUUCUCCUCCAAUAUUAGAGAACAAUAUACGCUACUCCGGGCCAAAAGCACCACCUUAUCAGUUUAAAAAUGGAGAAUAUAAACUGCUACAGAAACUUCUCGACGACUUUUUACCAAGCGAGCUUUCUUCUGGUCAAAAGGCUUCAGAGAAGGAAGCGAUUUCGACAUUUAUUGAUGAACUAAAUCAAAUUCGAUUGGAACAUUCUCUUCGGGGUUUCUGGAAUAGUUCGGUAUUAUAUAACAUUUCCUCAUUACAAGAAGUGUAUCCGCUACUUAAUUGGACCGAUCUAGUGCCAUAUAAUUGGAAUAAGCCUAUUGUUGUUCGAAGUCCAGAUUAUAUUAAAGCAAUAGAAGAAUUGCUUGUAAAAUAUUCAACUCGUGUUGUUCAUAAUUCGAUGCUUAUUAUUUUUACUCUUGGAAUAUUGCCACCAGAUACUCCAAAUCCUAUAAUAUGUACGCGUGCUACAAUGUGGGCUCUUCCCGAUAUAACAUCAGCAAUUUUUGUGGCUCACCAUGCAGGAAGGGAUCUUAAGAACGCUAUAAAAAGGACCGAACUUAUCUUCAAAUCACUUAAGGCUUAUUUAAAACGAGCGCCAUCACUUAAAGGAGCAGCAUUAGUUAAACUAUCGUCUCUGCGAAUUCAAUCGCAUCCUUGGAAUGGCUUUACUAAUAUCACGUUAGCAGCGAUGGAGUUGGAAUCUAUGGAUAUAUCUUCAGAUGACUGGUUUGAAAAUAUAUUAAAAAUAUUUGGACGAAAUAAAAUAGACCCCACUUCGAUAAAAAUGGAUAGAAAUUCUCAUGAUGCAUGGGCUUAUCCAAUAAUUUCAAGAGUAUUCUAUGAUACAUUAAGCCACUCAAUAGUGGUUCCUUUGUCCGUUAUACUAGUGCCAUAUUUUGACAACAAAUUACCACCAUAUCUACAGUAUGCAUCAGUUGGUGUUUAUAUUGCCAAGGAAAUUUUACGGUCUAUUACGAAAAACUUUGAGGACAAAGCUAUUCACUGUGUACCUGAGUCGGUAAAGGUUUUCUCAAAUCACAGUCAAAUGGAGAUUCUAAUACACUCUGGAGGAAUGCAGAUAGCAUAUCAUUCAAUGCUAUCCAUAACGGGGCCAUUGAAAGGAAUGCCUCGGUUACCAUUUUUAAAUUUGACUCCUACCCAAAUAUUUUUUUUGGUAACAGCCCAGGAGCUGUGUGAGGAAUCUGACUACAUCGGCAUAGAAACAGAAACAGCAGAUUUUGAAAACAUAUUAAUAUGGCUGAUUGCUCAAGGAGGAAGUGCAUCGGAAGUAUUCAAAUGCCCUCCCGCUUCUGUGAUGUACAGCCAAAAAACAUGUAAUGUGUUAUAAAAUUGUAUUGCUAGCACUUCUUGCAGCAAGUCUCAGAAUUAUUAAGAUUCUUUACAUUUGGUAUUUAAGGAGCAUUAAUAUAAUUCUAUCUUCCGAUUUGAACCAUUUAAAUAAAAGGCAGUAUUUCGUCUAAAUUGUAAGAAUUGGUGUAUUUUAAAAUUUCGCCUUAUGGGAACUAGUUGUCUAAUAAUGUCUAGAUAUCCAAAUAACGUUAAACUAUAUCAAAUGGUUACUGAUGAAUGAGAUUUCAACUUAAAGUAACAAGUUGCCCAGGACACUUAUCUUAACCAUUGCUUGCAACACCUAAACAUAAUGGAGAUAAAUAUAGGGUUAAAUAUAACAAGAAUACCAAAAUGAUGUAUAACCAGCUCCCCAUCUAUCUGUCCGUAGAAGCAAUAACUUUAGUGAGAAUUGAGACAUCUUUAUAAAACUUAUUACAAACGUUUUUAGGAACUAGGUAUUGUAAAUGGAUGAUAUUUAAAAUGUUUUAAAACGUAGCCCAUAUACCUAAUACACAUAAUGAUUUUCGCCCUUUUGAUUGAUUUGAUAUCUAAUACAUGGAUGAUAUAUUUAAUUGAUAGUACGUGAGCAAAU